AUGGCGCUUUCCUCUGCGUUUCAAGAAAGGUUGGAGCACAUGGAAAACACCAGAAAUCAACGUCUCUCUCUUCUCCAGGCAGAGAAAGAAUUGCAAGCGAGCAAGUCUCAUAUAUUAGCAUCGAAGUUGGCAAAUAUUCGGUCCAUGGAACAAAGGUGCUUGGUGCUUGACCACAAAAUUGCAUUUCAAAACUUCAAAAUCUUGGCUCUUAAAUCGGAAAUCGAGAACCUCGAUGCUAAAUACGAUGCUGAUUCACAACAAUUCAGGGUUUUCAAGAGUGAAGUGGAGGAGAUGGAAGAGAUGGAGAAGGAGAAGGAGAGGUUUUAUCAAGUAAAGGGUCUUGAAAUGAAGGCUUUUAGUGAAAAUGCGGAUAAGUUUAUUAAGGAAUCUCGUAUUCAAGUUAAAGAGUUAAGGAAUCGUGUGAAUGAGCUUAACUCAAAUUUCAUAAAACUUCAAGGGAACAAUGGGUUCUUGAACAAUUCUGAGAUAGCUGAAGCAGAGUUGAGUAAAUCACAACUUCUUGCUGUAAAGGAGAAUUUGGACACAAGUUUGGCUUCUAACUACCGAUUGAGAUCACAAUUGCAGAGGGAGCUUGAUAAUGUUUUGAUCAUAAGAAAUCAAGAGAGUAGGAAAGUGUCCCAGUUUCACUAA